CGGCCGGGCACAGACUAGUGAGCGAGCGCACGGAGGAGGAGGAGGAGGCUCUGGCGAGCGCCUCCCUCCCGCUCCCAGCCGAGCGCAGCGCCCGGAGCAUGGAGCCUGCCUGAGACACUCCGCGGGCUCCGGCAGCUGCUGCUGCGGCGCACAACAUGGAGGCGGCGGCCCCGCCGCCGCUGCUGCUCCUGCUGGCCGCCGCGGUGCUUCAGUGCCACUUGGGCUCGCUGCGGGCUUCUCCUCUUCUGCUUUUCGCCAAUCGUCGGGAUGUCAGACUGGUGGAUGCUGGAGGAGUGAAGCCAGAGUCCACCAUAGUGGUCAGCGGCUUAGAAGAUGCCGCGGCGGUUGAUUUUCAGUACUCACAAGGCAUUGUUUACUGGACAGACGUGAGCGAAGAAGCCAUCAAGCAAACGUACUUGAACCAAACUGGGAAUAUAGUGCAGAAUGUCAUUAUUUCUGGUCUGGUUUCUCCGGAUGGCCUGGCAUGUGAUUGGAUUGGGAAAAAGCUGUAUUGGACGGACUCAGAAACCAAUAGGAUAGAAGUUGCUAAUCUCAAUGGAACAUCUAGAAAAGUCCUCUUCUGGCAAGACCUUGACCAGCCAAGGGCAGUUGCCUUGGAUCCAGCACAUGGGUACAUGUAUUGGACGGACUGGGGAGAAACACCCAGAAUAGAACGGGCAGGAAUGGAUAGCAGCACUCGAAAAAUAAUUGUUAAUUCAGACAUUUAUUGGCCUAAUGGACUCACGAUAGAUCUUGAUGAGCAGAAGCUGUACUGGGCUGAUGCAAAGCUGAGUUUCAUUCAUAGAGCAAAUCUGGAUGGUUCCUUUAGGCAAAAGGUUGUGGAAGGGAGUCUCACUCACCCAUUUGCGCUGACACUGUCUGGAGAGACGUUGUAUUGGACAGACUGGCAGACUCGCUCCAUUCAUGCCUGUGACAAAAGGACCGGAGAGAAAAAGAGAGAAAUACUGAAUGCACUUUACUCACCGAUGGACAUCCAAGUCUUGAGUCCAGAGCGGCAGCCAUACUUUCAUACUCCCUGCGAAGAAAACAAUGGAGGCUGCUCUCACCUUUGCCUGCUGUCUCCCAGAGACCCCUUCUACAGCUGUGCCUGUCCCACUGGAGUGCAGCUGGAAGAUGAUGGCAAGACCUGUAAAGCAGGUGCAGAGGAAGUCUUGCUGCUCGCUAGAAGGACAGAUUUGCGAAGAAUCUCCUUGGACAUGCCAGACUUCACUGACAUUAUUCUGCAGAUAGACAAUAUCAGGCAUGCGAUUGCAAUAGACUAUGAUCCUGUUGAGGGCUACAUAUACUGGACUGACGAUGAUGUCCGGGCUAUUCGUCGGGCUUACCUUGAUGGUUCUGGAGCACAGACCCUAGUGACCACAGAAAUUAAUCAUCCUGAUGGCAUAGCAGUGGAUUGGGUGGCAAGGAACCUGUACUGGACUGACACAGGAACAGAUCGCAUUGAAGUAACGCGGUUGAAUGGGACAUCCAGAAAGAUCCUUAUAUCGGAAAAUCUAGAUGAACCUAGAGCAAUAGUGCUAAAUCCUGUGAUGGGCUACAUGUAUUGGACGGACUGGGGUGAAAAUCCAAAGAUCGAAUGUGCUUAUCUGGAUGGCUCAGAGAGGAGGGUCCUAGUGAACAGUUCUCUAGGUUGGCCUAAUGGCUUGGCACUGGAUCUUGAAGAAGACAAACUCUACUGGGGAGAUGCAAAGACAGACAAAAUUGAAGUAAUAAAUGUUGACGGAACAAUGAGAAAAACUCUACUAGAAGAUAAGCUUCCUCAUAUAUUUGGGUUUACUUUGCUGGGGGACUACAUCUACUGGACAGACUGGCAGAGACGAAGUAUUGAAAGAGUUCACAAAAUAAGAGCAAGCAGGGAUAUCAUCAUAGAUCAGUUGCCAGACCUAAUGGGCCUCAAAGCAGCAAGUGUGACCAAAGUGUUUGGAACCAAUCCUUGUGCUGAGAAUAAUGGAGGCUGCAGCCAUCUGUGUUUUUUCACACCUCUGGAGACUAGAUGUGCUUGUCCCAUAGGACUGGAGUUGCUGAGCGACAUGAAGACCUGCAUCAUUCCUGAAGCCUUCCUUGUUUUCACCAGCAGAGCAGCAAUUCAUAGGAUUUCCCUUGAAACCAACAAUAAUGAUGUAGCUAUUCCUCUAACUGGUGUCAAAGAGGCGUCUGCUCUGGAUUUUGAUGUGUCUGAUAAUAGAAUCUAUUGGACUGAUAUUAGCUUAAAGACCAUAAGCCGGGCAUUCAUGAAUGGGAGCUCUGUUGAGCAUGUGAUUGAGUUUGGGUUAGACUACCCUGAGGGAAUGGCAGUAGACUGGAUGGGAAAGAACCUUUACUGGGCAGAUACUGGAACCAAUCGAAUUGAAGUAGCGCGCCUGGAUGGACAGUACAGGCAGGUUCUUGUGUGGAAGGAUUUGGAUAACCCAAGGUCUUUGGCUCUUGAUCCUACUAAAGGUUAUAUGUACUGGACAGAGUGGGGAGGUAAACCAAGGAUCGUUCGAGCAUAUAUGGAUGGGACAAACAGCAUCACUUUGGUUGAUAAAGUGGGACGUGCCAAUGAUUUAACUAUUGACUAUGCAGACCAAAGACUAUAUUGGACUGACCUAGACACAAGUAUGAUUGAGUCAUCAAACAUGCUAGGUCAAGAAAGGGAAAUAAUAGCAGAUGAUCUACCUCAUCCAUUUGGACUAACACAGUACAGUGAUUACAUCUACUGGACAGACUGGAACCUUCAUAGUAUAGAAAGAGCAGACAAGACCAAUGGGAAGAACCGGACACUAAUUCAAGGACAUCUGGAUUUUGUGAUGGACAUAUUGGUCUUUCACUCUUCGCGCCAGGAUGGCUUGAAUGACUGCAUGCAAAACAAUGGGCACUGUGGACAAUUGUGCCUUGCCAUACCAAAUGGGUAUAGAUGUGGGUGUGCCUCUCACUAUACCUUGGAUCCCAACAGCAGAAACUGCAGUUCACCCACCAGCUUCUUGCUGUUUAGCCAGAAGUCUGCAAUCAGUCGGAUGAUACCAGAUGACCAGCAAAGUCCAGAUAUCAUUCUUCCGGUGCAUGGUCUAAGAAAUGUCAAGGCCAUUGAUUAUGAUCCCUUAGAUAAACUGAUUUAUUGGGUGGAUGGACGUCAGAACAUUAUUAAAAGAGCCAAAGAUGAUGGUACCCAGCCUUUCACUGUCAUGAGCACUCCAAACCAAAGCCAAAAUCCAGAGAAGCAGCCGCAUGACCUGAGUAUUGAUAUUUACAGCCAUACGUUGUACUGGACCUGUGAGGCCACAAAUUCAAUCAGUGUUCACAGACUUAAUGGAGAACCAAUUGGAAUGGUGUUAAAAGGAGAUCAUGACAAGCCAAGAGCCAUAGUAGUCAAUGCAGAGCGAGGGUACAUGUACUUCACCAACAUGCAAGAGCGAGCCCCGAAGAUAGAGCGCGCAGCCCUGGACGGCACGGAACGAGAAGUGCUCUUUAGUACCGGGCUGAUCCGACCUGUGGCGCUGGUAAUUGACAACAAGCUUGGGAAACUCUUCUGGGUGGACGCAGAUCUCAAACGCAUUGAAAGCUGUGAUUUGUCAGGAGCUAACCGUGUAACACUGGAGGACUCCAACAUUCUGCAGCCAAUGGGACUGACUGUGUUGGGGAAUCACUUGUACUGGAUUGACCGUCAGCAGCAGAUGAUUGAGAGAGUUGAGAAAACCAGUGGAUACAAGAGGACUAGAAUCCAAGGCCGAAUUGCUCACUUGACAGGCAUUCAUGCAGUGGAAGAAGUUGAUAUGGAUGAAUUUUCUGCACAUCCAUGUUCCCGUGACAAUGGUGGCUGUUCACACAUCUGCAUUGCAAAAGGAGAUGGAACCCCAAGAUGCUCAUGCCCAGAUCAUCUUGUACUUUUACAGAACCUCUUAACAUGUGGAGAACCUCCAACUUGUUCCCCAGAUCAGUUUACCUGUGCGACUGGGGAGAUAGACUGUAUCCCAAUGGCAUGGCGAUGUGAUGGAUUUCCAGAAUGUGAUGACCGGAGUGAUGAAGAUAACUGUCCUAUAUGCUUAGCAGCCCAGUUUCAGUGUGAGAAAGGACAAUGUAUUGAUGCCCGCUUGCGGUGUAAUGGAGAAAUUGACUGCCAAGAUAAAUCUGACGAAGCAGACUGCAAUACAAUCUGUCUCCCAAAUCAGUUUCGAUGUGCCAGUGGCCAGUGCAUCCUCAUAAAACAGCAGUGUGACUCCUUUCCAGAUUGCAUCGACGGUUCCGAUGAACUCAUGUGUGAAAAAAACACAUCCUCAGAUGAACCUCAACCCCACGUUAGUGCUAUUGGACCUGUCAUUGGUAUCAUACUGUCCCUUUUGGUCAUGGGAGGAAUGUAUUUUGUUUGCCAGCGAGUGGUGUGUCAGCGCUAUGCUGGACCCAAUGGACCUUUUCCGCAUGAAUAUGUUAGCGGAACCCCUCAUGUCCCUCUUAAUUUUAUAGCUCCAGGGAGUUCUCAGCAUGGCACUUUUACUGGUAAGGAUGGCAUCUCUUGUGGAAAGUCUAUGAUUAGCUCCAUGAGCCUCAUGGGAGGAAGUAGCGGUGCCCCUCUGUAUGACAGAAACCAUGUUACUGGAGCCUCUUCUAGUAGUUCAUCUAGCACUAAAGCCACUUUCUACCCACAGAUUUUGAACCCACCUCCUUCCCCAGCCACUGAUCGCUCCUUAUAUAACACAGAGAUGUUCUAUUCAUCAAACAUUCCUUCAACAACAAGAUCUUACAGACCCUACCUUAUACGAGGGAUAGCUCCGCCCACGACACCAUGCAGCACAGAUGUGUGCGACAGCGACUACACCACAAGCCGGUGGAAGGCCAACAAAUACUACAUAGAUCUAAAUUCAGACUCAGACCCUUAUCCCCCUCCCCCCACGCCUCGCAGCCAGUAUAUGUCAGCAGAAGAAAGCUGCCCUCCAUCUCCUGCCACAGAGCGAAGCUACUUUCACCUCUACCCCCCUCCUCCGUCUCCUUGUACAGACUCCUCAUGACCUUAAUAGAAGGAACUUGUCUUUUACUGUAAAUAUUUUUAAAUAUGAACAAAGAUUAAAAUAUAUUUUAUGAUUUUAAAAAUAAAUAGGGGUGGGAAUUUAAAAAAAGAAAAUGUGAAUAAAAAUGGAUGGGGUGGGGUUGUGAAAAUGUGUACAGUGGAAGAAUAUUUAUAAAUUUGAUUUUUUUAAUUUAAUUUCCAUUCUUUUGUGCCAUAAUUGCCUUUUUUUUAAUUGAAGUCAGGAAACUGACUAGACCUCCGGGGGGGGGGGGGGGGAAUGAGGAUGUUGAGCCUUUGUGGGUUUUUUAAAGUCCCCUUUUUAAGUCUGUAAAAUGUAUGUCAACGUGUCUCUCUCUCUCUCACACACACACACACACACACACACACACACACACA